AUGAUCAUAAUCUAUCUCUCUUGGUUAUUCUUUUUGUCUUUGAUCAUCCAUUCAAAUAAUAAUAAUAAUAACAGGCCAACAUCGUUCCCAACUUGCGAUUCGAUAAGUUGGGGUAACAAUGGACUCGUUGCCUAUGGAGCUCACAACUUUAUUGCAUUGUUGUCACCAAGCAUUCCAAAGGUGCUUGCAACACUACCAGGUCAUAAAGAUAGAGUCAAUCAUGUACAAUGGAUCCCAAAUUGUACUCGUAACACCGAAACAAAGCAAUUCAACAAUGAAGAGAAUGAAUUGGUUUCAGUAUCAUCUGAUCAUACUAUUAUCAUUUGGAAAAGAAAUGAAAAUAAUAAUAAUACUUUAUUUUCUAUUAAAGAAACAUUAAAAGGACAUAGUGAUAGUGUAACAUCAUGUUCAAUUGUUAGAAAUGAUAGAGAUGGAUCAUUGUUGUUGUGUUCGACAUCGACAGACAAUACAGUAAAUAUUUGGAAGAGAGAUGCUGGUGUUGAUAGUGUGUUUGCAUUGAUUCAAUCGAUAGAGUUUAAACCUCGUAUGAUGACAUGUUCAAGUCUUGGUUUCAUCCCUGGCACCAAUACCGCUAUCCUAGUGUUGGGUGGCGUCGAAUCAAAAAUACAUCUAUACGUACAAGACUUUAGAAAGGAGGGUACAAUCUUGUUUAGAAAGGUUGUUUCAUUGCAAGGUCAUCAAGAUUGGAUUAGAUGUCUCAAAUUUAGAUAUAUCCCACAAACCGACGAGUUGUUCCUCGCAUCUUCAUCUCAAGACAACAAGAUUAGAUUAUGGAAAGUUUCACAAAAGAUUGAUCAACCUGCCAAACAACAGGAGCAGGAGGAUGGGGAAGAGGAUGAAGGUAUCGAUACCAACACAUUGAUAGAUUCGUUAAAGAGUUCAUCGAUUACUGGUGUCAAGUCAUUGUCUUCAAAGGGACAUAUAUUCAAUGUUAGCGAGACCGAGACGACCAAGGUCAAGGUGAUUGUCUUGUUAGAGUCGGUCAUGUCGGGUCACGAAGACUGGGUGUACAGCGUCUCGUGGUAUCCCGUCAACAACAAACAGGAUGGUACGCAAGAGAUGUGUUUGGUGUCGUCGUCGAUGGACAAGACUAUGAUUGUCUGGCGUCCCGACCCAAAGAGUGGUGUGUGGAUGGACGAGGUGCGUAUCGGAGACAUGGGUGGCAACAUCCUCGGUCUCUAUGGCGCCGUCUUUUCACCAACUGGAGAGUACCUCUUAUCACACGGAUACAAUGGUGCAUUCCAUCUUUGGGGAAAUGAAAAUCAUAACAAUAACAACUCAAGCAGAGCAGUGUGGAGACCAGAGAUUAUCACAUCGGGUCAUUUUGGUCCUGUCCAAGAUCUCAUGUGGGCACCUGAUUACAACUACUUUAUCUCUUGCUCAACCGACCGUACGUUGCGUUUGUACAGUCAGUGGGAUUCAUCACAAAACCAGGAUCGUGUAAAGGGAUGGUUCGAGAUUGCACGUCCACAAAUCCACGGAUACGAUCUUGAAUGCUUCACCUUUAUCCACGGCAAGAACCACGCCAUCGUGUCGGGUGCCGAAGAAAAGAUCUUGCGUGUGUUUUUGGGCUCACAAAACUUUAUCGAUACAUUGUCCAACAUCUCGGGUGUCGUCUAUGAGGAUGACGGACAGAUGCGUCCGGCUGCUGCCAACCAGCCAUCUCUUGGUCUCUCCAACAAGCCAUUCUUUACCACCGCACAACAGGACGGUACGACUGACGGACAAGAAAUGAUGAUCGCCGCCACAAUGGCCGAGGACAAUGAAGGAUUGGGAGAAGGUGGUUUCGAAGAUCCCGUCCCAUUCAACCCAGCUGUGCUCGCCACACCACCAUUCGAAGAGCAUCUGUUACAAAGCUCGCUCUGGCCAGAAGUCCAGAAACUCUACGGACACGGAAACGAGAUCAUCGCAGUCGCCGCCAGCUACGACGGCAAGUACAUAGCAUCCACCUGUCGUGCCUCUUCAUCCGACCAAGCAACCGUCCGUAUUUGGAGUGUUGCCAACUGGCGUGAGGUUGCCAACCUCAAGGGACACCAACUGACCGUCGUCCAACUCGCCUUUUCACACGACAACCGAUACCUACUCGGCGUGUCACGUGAUCGUAUGUGGUCGUUGUGGCGUCGCACUUCUGAUGAAACCAACCCAUAUGUCCGUGUUGCCGCAUUACCAAAGUCCCACGGUCGUAUCGUAUGGGGUUGUUCAUGGUCCUACGAUGACAAGUUAUUUGCAACAGGUUCACGUGAUAAAAUCAUCAAGAUUUGGGCAAACCAAUCCGAAUCAUCGUCAUCAUCAACAGUUGAACAAGAGAAUUGGAAGGCAAUUGCAACAUUACCAACCUUUACAUCUGGUGUCACAGCAGUAGAGUUUGCACCAGACGUUGAUCCAGAAAAUUACAUAUUGGCCGUCGGUGAGGAAGAGGGUCAUAUAACGAUUUGGAGUGGUCCAAAGACCAUCACCUCUACCGAUCCAUGGAAAAAGAUUCAUACUAUUGAUUCAAAUCAAUCACAUAUUUCAGAUGUUAGAAGAAUUAGAUGGCGUUUAAAUAAGAAACAAGAAGAUGAUAAAAAUAAUAAUAAUAAUAAUAAUUCAAUUCAACUAGUUACAUGUAGUACAGAUAAUUCUGUUCGUCUAUUUAAAUUAAAUUAUUAA